AUGUCCUUCCUGUCUGACUUACAGGCAUAUUCGCAGUCAAAACUUCGGCCGACCACUACUCGUAUAACAAAUUCGAUAGGCCAAAUUCAUCAUGAGGCCAGAUCUGACGAUGGAACGUUUCAAACUCAUGAUCAACUAGCCAAUUCUAAUAGUAUAUUUAUGGUCAUUGAUAAUUCACCCGACGAAAAGCUUCAUCAUGUCAUCGAUGGUGUGUAUAUUGGUUCGCAAGAUGCUGCAAUUAAUAUAGCAGCUCUCAAUGAAUGUAGAAUUACACAUAUACUCAAUGUAGCUACUGGCAUCAAGAAUGCAUUUCCUGAACAAUACAAAUAUUUAAAUAUUGAAUUAUUAGAUGUACCUGAAACAAAUAUUCAAAAAGUGUUUACAUAUGCCAAUGAAUUUAUUCAACAAGCAGUUACUAAUCAUGGACAUAUUUUAAUUCAUUGUAAUGCUGGUAUUUCACGUAGUGCUAGUAUUGUAUUAGCUUAUUUAAUAGGAAUACGUCACAUGAAAUAUGACGAUGCUUAUCGAUUAUUGAAAACAGCACGUUCAAAUAUAAAACCAAAUGAUGGAUUUAUUCAACAAUUGAAAGAAUAUGCUGCAGAAAUGACUCGAACAAAUGAAAAUAGCGUUGUAUCAACAGAUAAAGUUGAAUCCUGUAAUAUGUAG